CCUCAUUACGUGGCUGCAAAGGGUGCGACCAGAACAAAUUAUAGGAAUGUUGUCGCGUUUGCAGCAUUGAUCAUUUGUGUAAGACCUAUCGCCUUCUCUGAUUCGGCGUCAUAGCACCACGCACGCCGAUACCAAUAGGAUGUCGGCUACACAUCAAACCGUUUCUCAGAUUCACUGACAGCGUCACGCCGAAGAGUGUCAAUGGACAUUGUUGAUUCCAUCUCUCUUGGGGUACCCUGUACGGUAGAAAUAGGCUGUGUCCAAUCAUUCAUCCUUUCUUCAUUUGGAAGGCACGCGCCUGCUGGGACGUAGCAGUAGAUUAAAUAGAUUCACCUUUGUCAGUCGGGAUUUCAAUAUUAACUUAGGUGAGGAAUCAACGAGGCUCAACUCAAAGUUACCAGUGUAGAGCAAAAGGAUACAAAGGGGCACAUUUCAGAUCACCUCGACACCCUCCCGUGAUGGACCAGACUCUGUUGUACCUUGCUGUUUACCUGGCGGUGUUACCUCACGUCACAACAGAUGCAUACAGCGGGAUAGUAGAUGACGAUGACUACUACAACAAUCUAAGGCAGUUCUAUGACGAUUCAGCCAUGGAUGCUCCGUCUUCUGAGAAAAGGGUGGCACCAACAUACCCGCAAGAUUACUGGGGAAGAUCCGAGACAAGCAGAGUAAACGACAAUACACUUUUCAAUCUAUUUCGAAGGGGUGGUGCAUGGAGUAAUGGCGGCAGAUGGACUGGAAGUCAAAGGAUUACACCAUACGUCACGUACGGGGAUGGAGUAAACUACAAAAGCAACAGAAACAACUAUGGCCUGUCUUCUCCAAGUUCCUGGUACGGUCGUGGUUGGUACAGGGUCCUGGCACGUGCGAAGCAGCCGAGUUACCGGAGCAGAAACUCAUAUGCCAAUAUUUAUUAGGUACUAUCUGAUCGCUAAAACAAAACAAAAACACGUCUGGAUAUCACUGAUAUCAAAUGCUUAAUCGGCGCCAUGAGAACAGAAAAUGUAAACACAUAAUAUAAACUAUUCAAUUAUGGUUGUAAAAAUGAUUAAAGAUUUACUCAAAUUUUUCAAUUGGUGAAUUAACAAGUGCUUACGGCUAAACGAUAUGUUUGUAGGUAUUAUGGCCCUACGAGCGGGACGGUUAAUAUCAAGUCAGACUAAAUGCUGGAAGAGAAGCCGUGACAUCUAAUAAAGUCGUACAUUAAUUAUGCUGAUGACAAACGUGCACUUUAUUAUACAUUGACCUAAUUAAAAAGAGCAAAUGUUUUAAAUGAAAAUGCAUGUGUAAAGAAUUUGAAUCAGAAUGUGUAAGUUCAUUGUGUCGUGUGAGAUUUAGCUUAGCAUAAUUGUUGUUUGUAUCUCUGGUGAAAUAUAUAAAAUAUUACUUUUUUAUCAUUAUUUAAAUAUCUAAAAUACAUGUAAAAUGUUAUUAUUUUUGUAUUCAAAUAGAUAUUAAAUCGUUAAAAUAAAGAAUGGAUUCUAAUUACAUUUCAAUACCUAUCAUUUCACCCCUUAAUGAAAGAUCAAGAACAAAAUUGAUAUAAUAUAUAAACGUAACGUUUGAUAAAAACACGCUGAGAAAAACCUUCAAACAUAGAAUUGGCAAAAGGAUAUCAUUUUUAAGACCAAAGUGGUCAACUUCAGUAACUUUCGUAGGUUUUGUGCCGUUUUUUUUCAAUUAUUCAGAGAAAUAAUAACGUUACUCUGUCAGAUAUAAUAAACUGUAAUAGACAAGGAAUGGGUUCAAUGAUAUAAUUGUAAAAGGAUAGUUUUUAAUGAAUACAGUUUAAGUAUGAUAAAAAUCAUAUUAUGUGUACGUAUAUAUCUAUAAAAUAUAAUUGCGUAGCUUCUCUGCGAGUGAUGAAUUCGACUGAUGUCGUUUUACUUUUCAAUAAAAGAUGUGUUUUUGACA